GAAGGAAUCGUUUUCGGGGACCGAAUCAAUCAAUGAAUCAAUCGAAUCUCUCCGUCGUCGCCGGUGAUGGGACAGAUUCUUCGAAUCACGGCGCUGUGGCGGAACAGGGCAAACAAACCUCCAUCGAAUUCGUUUUUCCGCGUCACGGGAGAAGACCCCAUCCGAGCAGGGGAUGACAAAAGCUCACCAUCGAUCCCAACGCAWGAAACUACGUGCCUACUAGCAGUAGUUGAUUGGUUUGCAUCAACAGACCAGAGAGGUCGAAACCGAAAGCAGCACAACCCAGGCACUCGCCCAGAAAGGCCAAACGGACGCGGAGAAAACACCACCGAGCCGAACAGUACAGUACAGUACAGUACCGUACAGAACAGAACAGAACUGAACCCCAAAACACAUAAUUCAUACAGUAGAUUCCCAUGGCCACGAUGUUUUCAGGGGCUCGCGGUGUCCCCGGCGGCGACGAAAGCGGUGCCUCCCGUUCUUUGCCUUCGCUGCUGGAAUACGUGCUCGAUCCCAACUCGAUGGACGUUCUCUUGUCGUACCUGACCCUGGCCGACUAUGCGAGGCUCUCGGUUGCAKCCGGGAGAAUGGGGAAACUCGUUUCCGCGUCGUCCCACCUGCGCGUGGCCGAAGGCGAGUGCGGUUUCUUCCGGGGCCAGCGGGGAACCGGGCCACCCCAAGCCGCGCUUCCCCGGCCCGUCCUGCAGCGGCUGCUGGAGGGCUUUCCGAACCUGGGGGUCCUCGACCUGGAGGGCGUCGAAGCGGGGGACUGCGGGAGCGGGGGCCUGCUGGAAAUCCUCAACGCGUGUCCGGCGGCGGGGGGGCUGCGAUCGGUCCGGCUGGAGGGCUGCGCCAUCGGAAGCGGACGCCUCCGGCUCAAGAACCUCACCGACCUGGUCCUCUCCAGGAGCCCCGGGGGCCACGGGCUGCUGGCGUCGCUCCGGGAGGGCUCGCCGCGCCUGAGGUCGCUAGUCUGCGAGCACUCUCCGGCGCUGAGGGACGCCGACCUGGCCGGCCUCUGCGGGAGCACGGCCCUGGAGGAGCUCGGCCUGGGCCACUGCGACGGCUUGUCCGAGCCUGUGGGCUUCUUUCCGAGCCUGGCCAGGGCGAGCCUUGCCGGCGGCCUUUCCCUCCGCAGCCUCUCGSGGUUCGUCUGCCCGGGCCUCCGGGUCCUGGACCUGUCCUUCUGCGUCCGCCUCUCCGACACCGAGAUCGAGCGGCUGGUGGAAGAGUCCCCCCUCCUGRAACGCCUGGUCCUGGAGGAGUGCCUCGGCGUGCACACCCUGGACCUCUCGWCGGGGAGCCUCCGCCACCUCGACGCCGGGUUUGCGCACAACCUUUCGAGGCUCCGGCUGGUUUGCCCGGCCCUCCGGGUUUUGAACGUAAGUGAGAAUAAACGAAAACGAAAACGCAACGAGCCUCCGUUCCAGCCCAAAACGCGAUCCGAUACAAAAUCCUGGCGCUUGCSAGCAAGUGACCACUGGAAUCCUUGCUGUUGUUGCUUGCUGGUACAUCCUCUCAAAACACGCCCUUGUGGUUGCUCCUUUUGUUUCUUCUUUCCAAUCGAUCGACAACGCGAAACACUCUGCCACCGUAGACCACCUGCUGCUCGAGCCUGAAAUCCGUGUCCCUCGAGGAUGCUCGGAGCCUCCCGAGCCUCGACCUGGGUGGCCUGGUGCAGCUGAGAGAACUCUCUGUGACGGGCGCAACGAAGCUGGCCCGUCUCGACCUGCGGAACUGCCGGCGUCUCGAUCGCUGCCGCAUCGACGGUCCCGCCCUGCGGCACAUCGAUGUGGGAGGCUGCAGGAGAGCGGGCAUCGCGCCCUGCGCAACCGUACAAAAGGUCCUCCAGCAACAGAAACGAUGCGAGACGACACCAGCGGUCGCGGCCUGCCGGUGAAUCUUGGAUUUGGCAGUCCAAGCCUCGAUGGACAUUCCGAAUUCGCUCCGCAUCGCUGGUGUCCACCUACCGCUCGGCAAUGAACUAGUACUAACGUG